UUCCGGUAGCUGGUAAAGGCAGAUACCUCCCGGGACGCGGAAGCCGCGGGUCUGGACAAAGGCAAGUUUCGCUGCUUGGGUUGCUGGGCGGAGCUUUGGGCGUCCGGACCUUAGACAGUCACGCGUCCGCGCGCGCGCCUGUGGCCCCGGCUUCUGCGGACGCUGAGAAUGUUGCAAUUAAUGAAUCAAUACACUAGUAUUGUAUUUGCAAUGUGGACACGUAAAAGAAUAUGAAGAAGGGAAUUUCACGACAAUCUUGGCCACCUACGGGGCGGGCCUGGAGGUGCUCAUUGCUAUCAUGGUUCGUUUGCUAAACUGCAUUGUCGCUGUGUCCCAGAACAUGGGUAUCGGCAAGAAGGGAGACCUGCCCUGGCCGCCACUCAGAAAUGAAUUCAGGUAUUUCCAGAGAAUGACGACAGCCUCUUCAAUAGAAGGUAAACAGAAUCUGGUGAUUAUGGGUAGGAAGACCUGGUUCUCCAUUCCUGAGAAGAAUCGACCUUUAAAGGAUAGAAUUAAUUUAGUUCUCAGCAGAGAACUCAAGGAACCCCCACAAGGAGCUCAUUUUCUUGCCAGAAGUCUGGAUGAUGCAUUAAACCUUACUGAACAACCAGAAUUAGCAAAUAAAGUAGAUAUGAUUUGGAUAGUUGGUGGCAGUUCUGUUUAUAAGGAAGCCAUGAAUCACCCAGGCCACCUUAAACUAUUUGUGACAAGAAUCAUGCAGGACUUUGAAAGUGACAUGUUUUUUCCAGAAAUUGAUUUGGAGAAAUAUAAACUUCUGCCAGAAUACCCAGGUGUUCUCUCUGAUGUCCAGGAGGAGAAAGGCAUUAAGUACAAGUUUGAAGUGUAUGAGAAGAAUGAUUAAUAUGAAAGUGUUUUCCGGUUUCAGUUGUUCCCCCUCCCUCUGAAAAAAGUAUGUAUUUUUGGCCGGGCGCUGUGGCUCACGCCUGUAAUCCUAGCACUUUGGGAGGCCGAGAUGGGUGGAUCACCUGAGGUCAGGAGUUCAAGACCAGCCUGGCCAUCAUGGUGAAACCCCACCUUUAUUAAAAAAAAAAAUUUUGUUGACUUUAGAUCUAUGGAUAAUUAUUUCUAAGCAACAUUUUUUUUCCCCCACUAAUCUUGAAUAUAUCAGAUACCAUUUAUGAAACAUUCUUGCUGUAACUAAGUGCCUCUCCAAGACCCGGACUGAGUUGCCAGCACCUGCUACAGUGAGCUGCCAUUCCACACCCAUCACAUGCGGCACUCUUGCCAGUCCUUGACAUUGUCGGGCUUUUCAAAUGUUGGUAGUAGUUAUUGAAGACGAGCAUACCCUUCAACUGAGUAGUUUCACUAGCGGGAAAUAUCAAAAACUUCCUACGUGUAUAUCCAGAGGUUUGUAGACAAAUGUUGCAGUCUUGUUUGUAACAGUGAAAAACAAAACAACCUGGAAGUCCAGUGAUGGGAAAAAUGAGUAUUUUUCUGUCUUAGAUUGGGGAACCCAAAGCAGAUUCCAAGACUGAAAUUUCAGUGAAAGUAGUUUAUUUGCUAGGUCAUACCAGAAAUCAUCAACUGAGGUAUUGCUAAAUGAGACUGAGAAG